AAGCAACGAGAAAGAAAGGAAAAAAAAAAACAAAAGAGAGAAAGAAGAAAGCAAAAAUGGCCCAAAUGGCUGCUUUGACGAAACACCAAGCUAAUGAUUACUUGAACGCAAGGCCGAAAUAUCCGACAGUGUGGUAUACAGUGUUGGCCGGUCAAACUAGCGACCAUAAGAUGGCUUGGGAUGUUGGGACCGGCAACGGUCAGGCUGCUAUUGGUGUCGCACAAUACUACCAAAAGGUGGUGGCAACUGAUAUAAAUGAAAAACAGAUCGAACUUGCAAAGGCGCACUCAAAAGUCACAUACAUUCACACUCCAGCAUCAAUGUCCGACGACGAUCUAGUGGCUAAGCUCGGUGGAGAAAACUCCAUAGAUCUCAUUGUAGCUGCUCAAUCUCUUCACUACUUUGACCUUAAAAGGUUUUAUUCCAUAGUGAGACGUGUUCUUCGUAAACAAGGAGGUAUAAUCGCGGUUUGGGUCUACAACGACCUCAUCGUCACCCCAAAGGUUGAUUACAUCAUGAAACGUCUGGUGGAUUCAACAAUACCUUACAGAAACCCGACAAUGAAUUUGGCCUUUGAGGGUUAUAAAACAAUAGAGUUUCCUUUUAAAAAUGUAGGAUUGGGGACUCAAGGAAGCCCUAAAGCUCAUGAGAUUCCACAUAAGCUUUCGCUUGAUGGGUUUAUAGGGUUUUUGAAAUCAUGGCAGCCGCUACUGAAGGCUAAGGAGAAAGGAGUAGAGCUUCUAACUCCUUGUAUUAUUAAUGAGAUUAAGGAAGCUUGGGGUGAUCACAAACAAGUCAAGGAUGUUUCUUACAAGGCAUAUAUGCUUGCUGGUAAACUUUAGGUUCGUAAAGUUUGAUAUUGAAACGUUGUAUCAUACUAAUAUGCGUGUCAAUCGGGUUAGAUUAAUCUACCACCUACUUAACUCGUACUUUAGUCUGCUAUCUCAUUUCUUAUUGCACUCUUUUUAUUUUUUCACUGUUGUACCAAAAAUGUUAUCUAUGUGACUACGUCCAGAUUCUGUAUCUUUUCUU